AUGAGGAUUUCGAGGCCGUACUCGGGGGUGUCCAGAAGCGGGGCGACGGCGAGGACGGGGCCGCACGCGCUGCCGCUGGCGCGGAUCAAGAAGAUCAUGAAGCGGUCCGCGGGGGACGGCAGCGGCGGCGACGGCGCCGGGGCGAGGAUGAUCUCGGGCGAGGCGCCCGUGGUGUUCUCCAGGGCGUGCGAGCUGUUCGUCGCCGAGCUGACGCAGGCCGCCUGGGCCGCCACGCUCGAGGGCCGGCGCCGGACCGUGCACGCCGAGGACGUCGCCGCCGCCGUCAGGGACACCGACCUCUUCGACUUCCUCGUCGACGUCGUCAAGCCCAGGCUAGGUGACGAUGGCGUCGAUGCCGCGGACGGCGAAGGCCGGGUCGCGCCGGGCGCCGGUGUCCACGGGGGCGCGCUCGACUAG